AUGGCCGCCACUGAAGAAACCCAAAGCUGUGAUGGGGUCACUCUUCAGGCCCCACCCUGUCACCCCUUGCCCCCGUCGCCCAACCUCAAACGCAAGCAGCUCAUGUGGCAGAACGCUGUCCGCCACAUCCUCGACCAGCGCCAGGCGUACCCGCACGUCGGGGGAGGCACCACGCACAAAAUCGUCAUCACCGACGCCUACAUUGACGACAUCAAUCGGCAGAUCAGGAGCAAGGCCUCCCGCGGGGCCGGGACGCACAAACGGCGUUCCUCGGCCGCCCGCGUUCACCCGCUGCGCGACCGCACGUCCACCAGCACGCAGAGAAGCGCCGACUCCAUCAGCGACGCCGACUUCUUCGUCAGCUGGGGCUCGAGCGUGUGCGGCGUCUUCCUCCCGACCCUCCACCACGUCUUCAAGUCUCAGGACCUGGAGAGGCUCUACCAGCAGUACUCGUCACUCCAACGCUGCACCUCGCUGGUCGUCACCAACCUCAUCGAUAUCGUCACCAAACUCCACAUCCUCUUCAUCUACCUGGCUGUGGCCCCGGAGCUGGUGGACUCUGUGCGAGGCUGGCUGGCAGGACUCUUCAUGGCUCUGGGUGCCGUCCUGUGCAUCCUGGUGCUGACCUGCAAAGGUGCCAUGUCUCCGGAACACCUCCGCUACGCCGGCCUGGCCAGCUGGCUAUCUCAGACCGUGCAGGUACUGGGAGGGCUGGUGUACGGGCUGGAGAAAGACCAGUCGUGGUACGUCCUCUUCACAUUGUUUGCCACCUACACCCUACUGCCCUUGCCCCUGCUCUGGUCCAUCUGCACGGGUUCCCUCACUGCAGCGCUGCAUCUCCUCGUAGAAGCCUUUAGGAACUACAACGACGUAGCUAUUGUCAGAAAGUUGUUGGCGAAGGCUCUGUUGUACCUGGGCAUGAACACAGCAGGUCUGUUCAUUCACUACCUGUCGGACCGAGCCCAGAGACAGGCCUUCCUGGAGACGCGCCGAUGCAUCGAGGGACGAGUGAGGAUGGAGCGGGAAAAUCAGAGACAGGAGCGUUUGGUGAUGUCUAUCCUGCCGCGGUUUAUCGCCUUGGAGAUGAUUGCUGAUAUGAGCGCCAUGGACGACGAAGACCUGUCCCAGCAUCUCCACAAGAUCUACAUUCACCAGUACAAAGACGUCAGCAUCCUCUUUGCUGAUAUUAAAGGGUUCACCUCUCUCUCCAUGACCAUGUCUGCACAGGAUCUGGUGCGCACGCUCCACGAGUUGUUUGGACGUUUUGACCGUCUGGCAGAGGAGCAUCACUGUAUGAGGAUUAAGAUCCUGGGAGACUGUUAUUACUGUGUGUCUGGAGUACCUGAACCUCAGAGGGCUCAUGCUCGCUGCUGUGUGGAAAUGGGCCUGGCUAUGAUCGACACUAUCAGGUAUGUGCGUAAGGAGCUGAAGCAGGAAGUGGACAUGAGGAUUGGCAUCCACUCUGGUUCGGUGCUGUGUGGUGUUCUGGGUCUGCAGAAGUGGCAGUUUGACGUCUGGUCCUGGGAUGUUGACAUCGCUAACAUGUUAGAGGCAGGGGGAGUCCCAGGGCGGGUUCAUAUCUCCCGGGCGACCUUGGACUGUUUAGGUGGGGUGUAUGAGACGGAAGAAGGACGCGGGUAUGAGCGUAACGAAUUUCUACGCAAACAUAAAAUCGACACGUUCCUGAUCCGACACACGCCAAACGAGGACGCGGAGCCGCCAAAAGUUCGCCGACCCAGCCGCGACAAUGAGACAAGCUGGAGCGCCGAUUUACCAUUCGACAACAUCAUAGGCAUGAACUGCAUCUUGGCCACAUUCACCAACAGCUCGCUGGUCCAGCUGCCCAAUCAGAUUGCGGCACAGCGGUCAGGCUCCCGAGAGAUCAAUAAGCGAAUCAAACAGGCCAUCGAGGUGCGAAGCAGCGAGCGUAUGCGUAGAGAACACAUCACGCCCUUCACCCUGGUCUUUAAAGACACGCUCAUCGAAGGGAAGUUCUCUCAGAUGCGGGACGAGAUGUUCAAGUCAAACCUGGUCUGCUCUUUCCUCAUGCUGGUCCUCAUCAUGGCCGUCCAGACCCUGAUCCCUGCGCCACAAGUCAGCCCCAUGGUCAUUCAGUUCUGCGUCUUCCUCCUGGCGUACCUGCUCCUGCUGCUGGUCACCCUGGCAGAGGAGGUGAGGAGUUCUCCCGCUGUCCUGCAGUACCUGUGCUGCUGGAUUCACGAGACCAAGAGCAUGCGCACCCUGCUGACUCUGACUGCUAUCGCAAUCAACUUUGGCGUGGCUUCCUCUGACAUCUUAUGGUGUAGUACGCUAGAGUCGGGAGGAGAAGUAACCAACAAGAGCUCUGAACAGCAAUCAGCUCAGCUACCAGUCAAUAUCUGCACCCACCCUGAGUUUUUCGUGCUGAGCGGCGUGGUUGCCAUGGUGACCUGCGCCGUGUUUCUGAGGCUGAGCUGCCUGCUGAAGCUGGUGGUGUUGUUGGUGGUCAUCGCCGUGUACACGUACUUCAUCGAGGUGGCCUUCUACGUCCUCUUCCUCCACCAGCACCAGAACAGCCGGGCCCAAAGGGCUCAGUACCUCAGAAAGAAGGGCGUCUCAGUUUUGUUGAUGGCCAUGUUUGUGGUGGCAGUCCUUUAUAACAGCAGACAGUUAGAAACGACGGCACGACUGGACUUCCUGUGGCGGCUGCAGGCGCGGCAGGAGGUGGAGGACAUGAAGGAGCUCCGCGAGCAUAACGAGUGUUUGCUCUACAACAUCCUGCCUUCGCACGUGGCCCGACACUUCCUGGAGAGAGACAGGAACAAUGAGGACCUGUAUUCUCAGUCGUACGAGAGGGUCGGGGUGCUGUUUGCCUCCAUCCCUGGCUUCACUGACUACUAUGAGCAGAAGGAGAUGGUCCAGCAGGAUGUGGAGUGUCUGCGUCUGCUCAAUGAGAUCAUCGGCGACUUUGAUGAGCUGCUGGACGAACCUUAUUUUCAGCAGAUUGAGAAAAUCAAAACGAUUGGCAGCUGUUACAUGGCAGCGUCUGGCCUGUCUCCUGAGAAGCACGAGUGUGUGGAUGAGUGGGCCCAUCUCAGAGAGCUGGUUCUCUUUGCUCUGGCCAUGAAAGAGACCCUGAAGGAGAUAAACAAACGCACCUCCAGCAGCUUUCAGCUCCGCGCUGGCAUUGCUCAUGGUCCUGCUGUGGCUGGAGUUAUUGGAACCACCAAGCCCCAGUAUGACAUCUGGGGGAUGACCGUUAACCUGGCCAGUCGGAUGGACACCACCGGCGUGAGCGGACGCAUCCAGGUUCCGGAAAGCACCAGCAGGAUCCUGGCGGAGCUCGGCUUCGUCCUGGAGCUGCGGGGGGACAUUUACGUGAAGGGGGUCAGCGAGCGUCAGGGAGGGGUGCGAACGUAUUUCGUGAGCAGCAGGGACCAGAGGUCGAGCCACGGAGAGCGGAGCGCGAGUCGCGGCCUCCCUCUGGGACGGAACACCCUGUCCGCCGUGGUGUUUUCGCUGGUCCAGGCCAGGAAGAGGGAAAAGCUACGGGAGGCCAACGGAGGCUUCCAUCUGCUGGAAGUGUCUUAA